AUGAGGACCAACAGGUCUCCAGAGGAGAGCACUGAGGGAGAUGCCGGGAGAACAGAGUGGAAGCCCACGGUGAGAGAUGCUUUCAAAGAUAUCUCCGUAUACUUCUCCAAGGAAGAAUGGGAAGAGAUGGGAGAAUGGGAAAAAAUCCGAUAUAGGAAUGUGAAAAGAAACUACGAAGCGCUGAUUGCUAUAGGUUUCAGAGCCACUCGACCAGAUUUCAUGCAUCACCGCAGGCAGGUCAUCAAACCUCAGGUAGAUGACACUGAAGAUUCUGAUGAAGAAUGGACACCAAGGCAGCAAGGUAAACCUUCCUCGAUGGCCUUCAGAGUGGACCACAGUAAACACCAGAAGAGAAUGUCCAGGGCACCAUUAAGUAAGGAAUCUAGUUUGAUGGAAUUGCCAGGAGCAGCAAAAUUGCUGAAAACAAGUGGCUCCAAGCAGCCUCAGAAACCAGUGCCCCAUCACAGAAAAGCAAGGACCCCUGGACAGCACCCCAGAGAAAAAGUCGAACUCAGAGGAAAGGAGACUGGAGUGAAGAGGUACAGUCUACGAGAAAGAAAGGGCCAUGUGUACCAAGAGGUCAGCGAGCCCGAGGAUGACGACUACCUCUAUUGUGAGGAGUGUCAGAACUUCUUCAUCGACAGCUGUGCUGCCCAUGGGCCCCCAACCUUUGUAAAGGACUGUGCAGUGGAAAAGGGGCAUGCCAACCGCUCAGCCCUCACUCUGCCCCCUGGGUUAAGCAUCAGACUGUCGGGCAUCCCUGAUGCUGGGCUUGGAGUGUGGAACGAGGCAUCCGAUCUGCCACUGGGCCUGCACUUUGGCCCCUAUGAGGGCCAGAUCACAGACGAUGAAGAGGCCGCCAAGACUGGAUACGCCUGGCAGAUCACCAAAGCAAGGAACUGCUACGAAUAUGUGGAUGGAAAGGACACGUCUUGGGCCAACUGGAUGAGGUAUGUGAACUGUGCCCGGGACGAUGAGGAGCAGAACAUGGUGGCCUUCCAGUAUCACGGGCAGAUCUUCUACCGAACCUGUCAGGUGGUCAGGCCGGGCUGUGAGCUGCUGGUCUGGUACGGGGAUGAGUAUGGUCAGGACCUUGGCAUCAAGAGGAACAUCACGGGGAAGAGUGAGCUCGCGACCGGGAGAGAACCGAAGUGCAAGAUCCACCCAUGUGCCUCCUGCUCUCUGGCCUUCUCCAGUCAGAAAUUUCUCAGCCAACACACCCAACGCAGUCACCCCUCUAAGAAUCUCCUGAGACCAUCUGAAAGAGACCUCCUCCAACUAGAGGAUCCCUGCCCAGGCAAUCAAAAUCAGCGAUACGCAGACCCACACAGCCCUAGCGACAAUCCUGAAGGUCAGGAGGUCAAGGACAGGCCCCAACAAUUGCUGAAAAGCACAAGGUUGAAGAUGAUUUCAAGGGCCUGUGCCUACUCACCCGGAGGACAAAUGGGGGGUUCUGGGGUGCAUGAGAGAAUGAAAGACGAGCCCAGCACAAGCCAGAAACUGAAUCCAGAGGACACAGGCACAUUGCUCACGGGGGCAGGGGUCUCGAGGAUUAUGAGGUUCACGUACAGAGAGUGUGGACAAGUCUUCAGUCAGAAGUCAGAUUUCGUCAGACACCAGAGGACACACACAGGGGAGAAGCCCUAUGUUUGCAGGGAGUGUGGGCGAAGCUUCCAUCGGAAGUCCACCCUCAUCAGACACCGGAGAACACACACAGGGGAGAAGCCCUAUGUUUGCGGGGAGUGUGGGCGAAGCUUCAGUCAGAAGUCCGUCCUCAUCACCCACCAGAGGACACACACAGACAGCGGCCAGGCCCCACCUGACACCGUGACUGCCCUGCACGGGCACACAGGACACCAGCAAUCAUGGGCCGGACAGCCAGCUGCCUCCGCCGCAUGCUCCACCCUGACCACGGUGGCCCCGUGGCUGUACCAGCCCCGCCGGCGCGUGGCUCUGCUUGGCUGCCAGGGCUCGGGGACCCUGGUGAGGGGCCCCCAAGACACCAAGCUGGGGUUGGCGAUGGGCGAGCUGGAUGCCAGGGAACCCGAGACCCUGCAGCAGGUCAGUGCACUGUGGACGAGGGCCGGCCUCACUGAACGGUCUGUGACAGACCAGAGUUACCACAAGCAUGUUUUCACCCAGAAGAUGGCCUCUGAGAGGUCUGUGACAGACCAGAGUUACCACAAGCAUGUUUUCACCCAGAAGAUGGCCUCUGAGAGGUAUGUGCCAGGCCAGAGUUUCCUGAAGCAUGAAUUCACCCAGUGGAUGGCCUCUGAGAGGGUUGUGACAGACCAGAGAGACCACAAGCCUGCACUCACCCAGCGGAUGGCCUCUGAUAGGUCGGUGACACACCAGAGUGACCACAAGAAUGCAUUCACCCAGCAGAUGGUCUCUGAGAGGUCUGACACAGGUCAGAGUGUCCAUGAGCCUGGACUCACCCAGUGGAUGGCCUCUGAUAGGUCUGUGACAGACCAGAGUUACCACAAGCAUGUUUUCACCCAGAAGAUGGCCUCUGAGAGCGCGUUCUGCACACGCCCUGACGGCUCAGCUGCUGAGCCCCAAGAAAGCACCUCUCUGGACUCGCCGCCCAUCAGCCCCUGCCUCCCCGAGUCCUGUGUCCUUCUCAGCACAGACCACCAUCGGAAACGCCCUCCCGGCCACCUGCAUGACCUCAGUGUACCUGGCGAUGUCACGUCCCAGUGA